GCUUAAUAAAUAGAACUCGUUGCAGGUGGCCAACACCUAGUGUAAGCGUGGCUGUGUAUUGGAAGAGUGCUCCGAUCACUCCACUUCCAUUCGAUCCAAGCAUUCCCACUCAGAGUCUGGGCAAAAAGAGCUCUGGAAUCAACUAUGGCGCGUUGGUGGUCAAUUUUGAGCGUUGUGUGCCUCUGCCUGGCAGUGGCACAUGGCCAGGACAAACUGGAGGGCGUUGAUGUCGAGGAGGUGUGCGCCGACCGUCCCGCGGACGAGUACUUCCGCCUGGAGACCGACGGCGACUGCCGCGAGGUGUACAGGUGCGACAGUGCCGGCGAAGAUGGCCGAUGGCGGCUGGCGUCGAUUCGCUGCGCCGGCGGCCUGGCGUUCGAUGUGCUGCGCCAACUUUGCGAUUGGAAGUCGAACGUGAAGUCUUGCGAUGUGCUCGAGAAGCCCCGCAAGGCCAAGCCCAUCCUGAAGACGGAUGAGCCCAUCUGUCCCGAGGGCAAGCUGUCCUGCGGCGACGGCGAGUGCCUCGACAAGGAGCUCUUCUGCAACGGCAAGACCGACUGCAAGGACGAGUCCGAUGAGAACGCUUGCUCUGUGGAUGAGGACCCCAACCGCGCUCCCGAGUGCGACCCCACGCAGUGCGCCCUCCCCGACUGCUUCUGCUCGGCGGACGGAACCCGCAUCCCCGGAGGCAUCGAGCCCCAGCAGGUGCCCCAGAUGAUCACGAUCACCUUCAACGGCGCCGUCAACGUGGACAACAUCGACCUGUACGAGGACAUCUUCAACGGGCAGCGCCAGAACCCGAACGGCUGCUCCAUCAAGGGCACCUUCUUCGUGUCGCACAAGUACACCAACUACUCGGCGGUGCAGGACCUGCACCGGCGCGGCCACGAGAUCUCCGUGUUCUCGCUGACGCACAAGGACGACCCCAACUACUGGACGGGCGGCAGCUACGACGACUGGCUGGCCGAGAUGGCCGGCUCCCGCCUGAUUGUGGAGCGGUUCGCCAACAUCACCGACGGCAGCAUCAUCGGCAUGCGGGCGCCCUACCUGCGCGUCGGCGGCAACAAGCAGUUCGAGAUGAUGGCCGACCAGUUCUUCGUGUACGACGCCUCCAUCACCGCCUCCCUGGGCCGCGUGCCCAUCUGGCCGUACACGCUCUACUUCCGCAUGCCGCACAAGUGCAACGGCAACGCCCACAACUGCCCCUCGCGAAGCCAUCCCGUGUGGGAGAUGGUGAUGAACGAGCUGGACCGCCGCGACGACCCCACCUUUGACGAGAGCCUGCCCGGUUGCCACAUGGUCGACUCGUGCUCGAACGUGGCCAGCGGCGACCAGUUCGCCCGCCUGCUGCGGCACAACUUCAACCGCCACUACAACAGCAACCGCGCCCCGCUGGGCCUCCACUUCCACGCCUCGUGGCUGAAGUCGAAGAAGGAGUACCGCGACGAGCUGAUCAAGUUCAUCGAGGAGAUGCUGGGCCGCAACGACGUGUUCUUCGUGACCAACCUGCAGGUGAUCCAGUGGAUGCAGAACCCCACCGAGCUCAACUCGCUGCGCGACUUCCAGGAGUGGAAGGAGAAGUGCGACGUCAAGGGCCAGCCCUACUGCUCGCUGCCCAACGCGUGCCCCCUGACCACCAGGGAGCUGCCCGGGGAGACCCUGCGGCUGUUCACCUGCAUGGAGUGCCCCAACAACUACCCCUGGAUCCUCGAUCCCACCGGCGACGGCUUCUCCGUCUGAGGAGCGCAGUCCCGCCGUCCUCUUUCCCGCUUCCCUAACAGGAGAACAACUCACAGUAGUUCCACCGAGAGUCUGAUAAACUAAACAACGAAAGCCCCAGCAAACUGUGCCGGCUGCCAAACGCCGAGCCCUCUGCAGAAAUACUCAAUUUGUUGCAUCUUGCUUCUUGUGUGAUCCUAAGCCACUUUCCUCUUUCUGUUAUUUAUGUGAACUCUACUCUCUGCCUUUCUUUUCUGACUAUCUGUAUCUUUCCUCUAUACCUGUAUCUUUAUCUGUUUCUGUAUCUGUUUCCCCCCUCUGUUGAUUUAAAAGUGAUUUGUUUUAACCUACUUCGCUGCUUCUUUGACCUGCUCAAAGACAAUUUUCACAAACAAACAAAACCAAGCGCCAAAAAUCGCAGCAGCAAACAUCUUCGUAAUUUUAUAAGUAUUUUUUAUAAGAAAAAUAUAAAAAAUAUAUAAAAAAAUUUUAAA